CUGACUAGGGGGGAGUGAAUUUACCAGUGUAGCACUCCAGCGGAAAUAUAAAGAACUAGCUUUAUACAAGGUUCAAGAUGGCGGUAUUGCCGUCUCCGACUUUAGUCGCCGGGCAGAACUAUGCAAUCUUUGAGGCUUGGUAUCGACAUGUGGACCCCAAAAACCUUGGAAGUAUUGGUGCACUUGAUGCUGCUAACUUUCUAAAGAAAUCUGGACUACACACUUCUGUGUUGGGAAAGAUAUGGGACCUGUCUGAUCCUCAAGGUAGAGGCUAUCUAGAUCAAAAUGGAUUUUUUACUGCUCUAAAGCUAGUAGCCCUAGCACAGAAUGGAAUAGAAGUUAGCAUGAGCAACAUAUCAAGAGAAACUACACCACCAGAAAUGGGUGAACAACCCCCAUCUGUCAUACAAAAUAUGGUGGCUACUCCCAUACAAGGAUCCUUUUCUUUGGCAUCGCCAACUGGAAACCAGCCCAAAUCCUUUAAUUGGGUUGUUACUGCCACAGACAGAGCAAAAUAUGAUGCACUGUUUGAUUCUCUAAAUCCUGUGAGUGGGAAGCUACCUGGAUUUAAGGUAAAAGAAGUGUUGGUUAAUUCCACCUUGCCGAUGGAAAGCUUGGGAAAAAUUUGGGAUCUCUCCGAUAUGGAUCAUGAUGGAGCGCUAGAUAGGCAUGAAUUCACUGUGGCGAUGCAUUUAGUUUACAAAGUCUUGGAUAACUACCCCUUGCCUGUAAGUUUACCACCUGAAUUGCUCCCACCCAGUCCAGAAUCGACUGCACGUCGUGGAUCAACACUUUCCGGAGGUGUCAGCGUUCUCCCACCAGCAGUUUCAUCUCCAGAAAACCUAAAAGAGGUUGCAUCUAAUGGCCCUUCAGUAGCGUGGGUUGUAAGCGAUGCAGACAAAACCAAGUAUGGUGCUUUGUUUUUACAAGCGGAUAUGGAUCGCGAUGGUUAUGUGUCCGGAUUGGAAAUCAAAGAUGUUUUCUUGCAAUCACAUCUACCGCAACCCGUUUUAGCCCAUAUAUGGGGGCUGUGCGAUGUUGGACAGACUGGAAAAUUGAACAAUGAACAGUUUGCUCUUGCCAUGUGGCUGGUGCAGCAGAAAGUUCAAGGAAGAGAAUUACCAACCGUGCUAACUCCUGAGAUGAUGCCUCCUUCUCUCCGCACUCAAGACACAAGCGUGGAAGAAUCGACCCAUUCGGCCGAACUUGAACAAAUCGCCAAAGAAAUUGAAAAUCUCAUUCGGGAGAAACGUCAACUGGAAACGGACGUGGCUCAAAAAGAAGCUGACAUUCGAAUCAAGAAUGGUGAAGUUCGCAACCUCCAGAGCGAACUCGACACCUUGGCAGCCACUCUAAAGCAGUUAGAAGUUCAGAAAAAGGAAGCACAAAAAAGACUUGAUGACCUUGAUGCACAGCAAUCUGCUUUGGAGCAAGAUUUACUAGGAGUAGAGCGACAAAUUGAAGAGCAUGAAAAACAGGUUCGUACAUUCCGGACUCAAGCUGAAGAACAAGAAAAUACGCUCCGAACGCAGGAGGCAGAGGUUGCGGCCAAGAAGCAGGAGCUUAACAACCUACGUUCUGAAGAACUUCAAAUGGAACAACGGAUGCAAGCGGCCACACUCCAACUUGAUAAGCUCCAAACUACGCUGCAAGAUAGUCAUUUGCAGAUUAGUCAAAUUCAAUCGCGCAUGAUGGUGUUGCAAGAACAUCAGCGUCAAGUAGAUGAGGCCUUAGCGGCCUAUGAUGAAGCCUUAGAAACAGGAGACCCCUCCCAGUUGGGCGAUAACGUCCUACUUCCCAUUUCCUCAGUUGCUUCCGAUUCUGAUAUACUACUUUCGCCAAACUCUGACCGCAACAAAGUGAACGGGGGAACGUCACAUUUUAACGAUGGGGCGUUUGGCAGUGAUCCAUUUUCUAGUCUGAACGGUCAAAGCCGUGGGUUUUCGGAUUCAUCCAAUGGGGAUCCUUUCAAGGAGUCAGAUUUUUUUAAGAAGACAUCUCAGACUUCUGCUGACGAUCCUUUUGGCGCUAAAGAUCCGUUCGCCUCAGCCUUUGGAGCUCCUGCAAAACCAACGAAUGACCCAUUCGCCUCAGCGUUCGGCCAAACGAAAAGCGAACCGUUUGACGCUUUCGGUCGUAGCAAAUCGCCAAACGUGGGCGCCGACCCUUUCGGUAGCGACCCAUUUAACGCACCUAAUUCACCCCUACCUGCCGGCCGAGUGGAAAGCCCGACUCCGGCCUUGCCUCCCAAGAAGUCUAAACAACCACCUCCACGCCCAGCUCCACCAAAAGCUGUGGCUAGUGGCGUGAAAGGUCCCCAACGCCCGGCACCGCCAAUUGGAGCCACGAAAUCGCCGGAUCCUUUCGCACCAAUGAACGAUCCAUUUAGCUCGGCCAGCGCCCCCAAAGAUCCUUUUGGUGGAUCGGGUUUCGCUGAUUUUGCGAGCUUUGAAUCCAAGUUUACGAGCUCUUCAUCCGGCGAUGGCUUUGAUGCAUGGGGAAGCACCAGCACUAGCAGCACAAAACCCACAGCCGAAUCACAGCAGCACCGAUAUGCCGAGUUAGAAUUCACUGAAGAUCCUUUCAAAGAUGUUGGAUUUGGCGAUCCGUUCGCGUCAAACACAGACGACCCCUUUGCCGUUCCCACCAUCACCAAUAGCGCAAUUAAGAUAAAAAAGGACUCGGACAGUUUUGAUCCAUUCUCCACUGAGAAGGAUCCGUUUGCAUCUUCCGCUUCUCCCUGUAAAACGACCAUAGAAUUUGACAGCCCGUUUGGCUCCUCGGCGUGGAACGAUCAUCCUGACCCGUUCGCUGCCGCCACAGCUGCCGAUAACAACAACAAGUCACCUUCUAAUUGGGGCAACGAUUUCAAGUUUUCUUCGCCUAUCCCUAGUGGUCCCGCUAAAAGUCCGAUGUCGAUCGGUUCGAGCUCGUUAAAGAGCCGAUCUUCUUCCUCGUCGUCGCCUAUGAAAAGCAAAGUGUCUCCAUCUGAACAGUUACCUAAGUUGAACGAAGAUGCUCAAAUUGCUUGGGUAGCUGCUGAAAGUGUUCGAUCCGAGCAGGAAAGGCGGAGAAAAGCAGAAAUGCAGGAAAUCGCCGACCUGGAAAUGGCGAUCGCGCUCAGUAAGUCUGAAAUGAACAACCGGUCACCACCAUCGUCUGACAGAUUGAUUUGAAUCGUUGAAAUUUUGGUCACCUUUCUUUCUUCCUUCUUUUCAAUUCCACCACUUCCAAAUUCUCUUUAUAUAUAUCCUACAUGACCUCUCAUUAUUUUUCGCGCUUCUAUCUACGGAAUUUUCCUUGUUUUAAAGGUCGUUUCAAAUGAGCUUUUUUUUUGGCCUCCGAUGUAACAAAGUUUACGCAAAAAAAAAAAAAAAAAUCCAGCAAUACUUUGACCGCAAAAACUUUGUCAUUGAACCUUGUGCGUGAGUGAAUGAAGAGCAAAAAAUCCGAUGUGUUGAAUCAAUUCCCCUUCUUUCCCGAAUUCGUCAUAAUUCCAAGAAAAAGAUGCUUAUCCGCAACUUGUAUAGGCAAGACUGCUGUGUACAUUUUUACUUACACUUUGGUAUCCUUGCAAGUUACAUAUCUACUCUUCCUUCUCCGAAAAAAAAACACGAAUUGGUACAUCGUCGAUGGGAGAAAGGAAGUAGUAGUCGUUGUGCUAAAGUGCUGGUAGCUGUGACAACAGGAGUGUGCCAUAGUUCGCCCGUCGGUCCCUUCGAAACACGUUUGGUUCUCUUUAUCUCUUAAAUAGUACAAUAAUGGUCCCAUUUUCCAUCAUCAAUAGAUCUGUCUGAAGAAAGAUGAAGUGUUAUUUCGUUGCCGUAGUUUUUGCUCUUGGAAUGUUUAUUUACCGUAGCCUUGUCUUUUUCUUCAAUUUCUCCUGCCCCCCAUCUCUACAUUUAUCAUUUUUUUUUUCUUUUUCAUUUUGUAAUUUAAUUGUUUGGUAUGAUACCCAGUGGCUACACGAGAGUUACCUUUUCCACAAGUCAAUUUUUAAAAAUGAAGUAGCUCUAAGAGAUGUACCAGUAUGUUUGUUAGUUACUCUUUUUCUUCUUUUUGUGAAUGUCCUCGCGUGAACACGAUUAUUAAUUUGCCUCAAGAGUCCGUGUUUUCUCUCUUCCCGAACGCCUCAGUCUCUCUCUCUCUUUUUUGUAUCACUUUCCUGGAUGUAGUCCUUAUCACUUUCAUCAUGUACUUGUGUACCUCUUUUUUUUUCGACCGUUUUCUCAUCUUCCACAUGAAGAUGCUUACUCAACACGGACGUCUCCCAUAGCGACGAUGGGCAAAAUAACCAACAGUGAAAGCGAAAGAAAAAUUUUGACAAAGUAAAGUCUUGGCCGCAUUCAGCAUCAUUCGGCGGGUGUCAGAGAUGUUUAACAGCAAAUCGACACGAUGUGUACAUUCCAUUCUUAGCUUUGGCCAUGUCAUCGUAUAUUCUGCCUCCUUUUUUUCCUAUUCUAUUUCGUGUUAUUCUGUUCAGUAAUACGCCAUCUAGUUCUCCAUUUUUCUUUUCCAAUUUUUUCUUUGUUUAUUUUUCUGUGUAUUUUUUUUUUUCUUUUUGUUAUCUUUGGGGUAGGCCAAUCGUGUCGUUAAGCAAAGAUCAUGGUCUCACCCAGUCGCGUGUAUAAUUCGUAUGCUAGACUGAUAAAGAUUGGUUAUGUCUAUCCUAUCAGUGUGUAGAACAGUACACGUUACUUUGGUACAUGUCA